AUGCAAGAUCCGUCGUCGGUGGACUUCCCGGGGAUCAGGCCGCCGGCACCGUUCCCGGAGCAAGAGUUGCUGAAGUGCCCGCGCUGCGACUCUGCCAACACCAAAUUCUGCUACUACAACAACUACAACCUCUCCCAGCCCCGGUACUUCUGCAAGGACUGCCGCCGAUACUGGACCAAAGGCGGCGCUCUGCGAAAUAUCCCCGUCGGCGGCGGCACCCGGAAGAGCAGCAGCGCCGGCAAGCGAUCUUCCAAUCCGAAGCGCGCCAACCCGGAUCCGACACCGGAUUCUCCACGGGUCACCCGCCGGGUUUCCGAGGCACCUCCCUCGCCGCCGCCCUCUUCCUCGACACCUGCCGCCGUCGCCGAUACUUUCUCUGCUUCUACUCAGCAAUAUCGGCUGCCGACGACGGAAUCAGAACCGGGUCAGAACCCGACCCGGGUGUACGGGCUGGAAGCGGAUCAGGAGCGGAAGUUCGCGGGUGUUGGGGUUGGUGGCGGGAGCUUCAGCUCGCUUUUGACCCCCAAUUCUCAAUUCGGGGGAAUCUUCGACGGGUUGAGCACGAGCGGGUCGGAUCUGAAAUCGGGGCAAGUGGGUGGUUUGUUUGGGGAGGAUUUGAGUUCGGGUUUGAGUAUGGGUUCGGGUCGGGAAAUGGGUUUGGAUGUGGAGUUGCAAGAGAGGGGCGGGGGCGCCGGUGGUGGUAGUGGCGGCGGCGACGAUGGCGGCGGAGGAGGGUAUUUGCAAGGUGGAGAGUGGGGGAAUAGCAAUAAUGGAUGGCCGGAUCUUGCUAUCUACACGCCAGGCUCUAAUUUCCAUUAG